UUCGCUAGACCUCACACGUCAACACCCACACUAUCACGACGCCAUUGUUUAUUAUUAUGAGAUACCAUCAUUUCUCUAUCGAAGCAUAUGGAAAUAUAAUGCUCCAAAACAUUCGGGAGUAGCCUCGGGUUCAAUGGGCGCCUCCCGUUCGAGGCGGCAACGAUGUCAAACAGAAAUACGCAUAUGUGCAGGUCUCAAUCUGCUGCAUCGACCCGUCGUUGGGUCAUCGUUCUCUUUUCCGAAAUCGUCUUCACCGUGGAGCCAGGACUCCGCCCGAUCCUCGCGAGCGUGGGAGCAACAGUUCGCGUAGCAGAAUCACCGGCCAUGAGCUCCUCCAUAUGUUAUACUUGCUCGCAUUAGAAUCAGGAUAUCUCUUCCUGAAGGGGUUCAGAGUCCUAUGGUAGUCGAGGCGCGAGGAUGCCGCUCCGUUAUUCCUUCGACGCGUUACGCAAUUUCCCACUCAAGAGCUAUCAAAUGCAAUUGGGGUUCCUCCGGAACGAAGGCACUUGUGCCCCUUCUCUACCUAUCCCAUGUUGCAUAUUCGCCAGAAUGGAUGGAGAGUAGGUCGGUUUCCGUCUUGUCAAUGGAUUUCCGUUUCAACACGGCCUCCUUGCUUCAGAAGUCUGCUUUUUCUGUCCAGUUCCCGAAGGCAGCAGCCUGCAAACCCUCUCCGGGCCAGACUUGUCUUCAUCCCAUUGGCGCUCCUCUAUCCUGUGGAGGGUCAGCAUCGCCGAUCUCUACCUUCGUCCGUUCCUCGGGCAGCCUCCUCUUGGGACAGGCCCAUCGGAAAGUUUCAUCAGCUCUGGAGCCUUCUCGUAUAAAGUGCUGCUCGCCUCCUCUUCGUCCUUCCUCUGUCACCCCCUCUUCCUCUACUCCACGUAUUCUUCUUUAUCCCGUCUUCUUAUAUAGCCUCUUUCCUUUCAUCACAUUCGUGGCUUCCGCCGUAUAUAUUCCAUCCUUCCUACCUAUAUAUUCCCCACAGCCCACACUACUACCAACUCAUGGUCUUCACCGGUCCCCGCACUCGUUCGAGGCGUGCAAUGCGCUUUCGUGCUUUCUUGUUGGUCAAGUUCUUCCGCGGCGCCAUGCCCCGCAAUUGAUCCAUUGUGGCUGCCUUCCAGGGCCAUGAAGGUCCCCGCCUCCUCACGAUGAGGAUGAGUGUCUCCAGAGUGAGCGAAACCUGAUGCUGGCCAACAUUAUUUCUAUAUAUAUCCUGAUCUGGUUUCAACGACGGCUUGCCAGCCCGCGGGGUGGAGUGGUUUGGAUCUCUGCAGCAUGCAUGUGGUAAAUCUGGAUGGGGUGGUUUGUGUGCAUCGCAAAGCCGGAGCUC